GUUUGUUUACCUCGUCGGACCGCUUUGCUAAACCCUCGCAAAAAAACCUUACUCCAUCUCGAUGUGCAUGAAAAUGCUGCUACAUCAAUGGCGAUUUUCAGAUCAAUCGGAACCCUAAUUUCUCGAAAUCGUAAGCUCAAUUCGAACUAUCUCACUUCUUCUACAAUUUUCUUUACCCAACAAUUUUCGUCUUCUUCAUCGUCAACGAUACCAUUGACGCCGUUACUUAACUUUGACCGCCGGCGCCGCCACCGCCACUUCCUCUCUCCGUUCGCUGCCGCCGCUAAUUUUUGUCCUCUUUUCCUUUCUUCACCUCCUUGUAAGCUUUCUCAGUCUUCAACUUCUCUACAUCUUCAAUCCGAUUUCCUUCUUGUGUUUCCCAGAGUUAGUUCUCUUAGAUUGCAAUUUCCCUACAAGUUAUGCUUUCAAUCGACGCAUAGAUUGCUAAAUGGGAGAAAUGAGAAGCAAUGGAAGGAGUCUCAGCUGGCUGUUGAAGUUAGGGAUAGUUUCCUCAAUUUGCCCAACUUCAUUUCCUUGAGUAGAAUGAUAUCCGGUCCAUUUCUCGCAUGGAUGAUUAUACAUGAUAUGUAUCUUCCUGCAUUUGUUGGGCUAGCUGUUUCUGGGGCAACUGAUUGGCUAGAUGGGUACAUGGCUAGGAGGAUGGGAAUAAAUUCUGUUGUUGGUUCUUACCUUGAUCCUCUUGCUGACAAGGUUCUUAUUGCAUUUGUUGCUCUGGCAAUGGUAGACAAGGGUCUUCUUCAUCCUGGACUAGUUUCCCUGGUUGUGCUGCGUGAUGUGGCCCUUGUUGGUGGUGCGGUAUAUAAAAGAGCUAGCAUUUUAGAGUGGAAGUGGUCAAGCUGGUAUGAAUUCUUCAACCUUGAUGGAGCCCGUCCUCAGAAAGUUGAGCCUCUUUUGAUAAGCAAGGUAAAUACAGUUCUGCAAUUGGCCCUUGUUGCUGCAGCUCUCCUUCAACCGGAUCUGGGUAAUGCGGAAACUCAAACAUAUAUCACUUACCUCAGUUGGCUAGUAGCCAUGACAACGGUAGGUUCAACUGCGGCCUAUGGAGCACAACACCUUAGGGGUGGAGCUACAUGGAAGAACAGACUCUAAUUGGAUACCGAAUAC